UUUUUUUCAGAGAUGUGGAUUUUAACAGCUGAGUUCCAGAGGCAGCGGUUCACUUCUGGGAAUCUCCAGAGGAGAGCCCUGGUUUGAUAGAGCUGGGGAAGUUUCUCAAGCCUGUUUUCUUCUCCUUAGUGCUAACAACUGCAGAGGGAAUAAAUGUUGUGGGGAAUGGAUGAGGUGAGAAGGUUCCAAGAUGGGUAUCUGGAAUUGGAAGCAAAAUUGGAAAACAAAGCUCCCAGAUGACUCCUUUUUCCUGCAACCCCACUGGUCCUCAGCCCUGCUGUAGAGCCUAGUUCCCUGACUCCACAUGCAGCCCUAGUGCUAGGCCUCUGGGCUCCCCAUUGGGCCCACAGACCUGGAUUCUGCAGUGGGACUGGGCUGGGUGUGCAGCAGGUGACAUGGACCUUUGGGAACUCCUACUGCCAAUGCUGUCCCAAGCCACCUACCAGCAUCAGUGACCCUCCACAGCCUCACUACCUUAGCAGCAGAAAUCCCAGAAAGGCAGUGAUGCAGAACAGAAAUCUUCUCUAAAGAACCAGUGCUCCAUCAGCCUCUGUGGUAGAAAUUAAAAACAGUUCUUUGAGCAUUGCCUGCAUGGAUCCUCGUUUUAGGUGAGGAGCAAGCCUUGGGAUUUUGAAAUAACAAUGUCUGCAUGAAUUCCCUGCCAGUGUCCUUGUGACCUCCCCUACACCCAAUGAUGUACAAAGGGAUGUGACUGCAUCUUAGUUUUUUCUGACUGCUAUGGGCAGUGAGCAAGAGCUCUGUGGUGUAGGUUGCUUCCUUGUGCGGCCUGUUUUGGGAAAACAGCUUUUUCUAUAUAUAAAUAUAGAUUUAUGUAUAGCUAGGAAUAGUUACUAGAGAUGGCCAAAAAUCCUAAUGCUUUGUUGAGCAUUGUGUUUCUGGGCUGUUCUCAUGCUGUUGAGGGCCUAUCUAAAAAUUACUAAAGUCAAGUUUGCUGGCUUCAAUCUGUGUCCCUGCUGUAAUUGUAUUAAGUCUGUCAUCAGCUAACAUAUUUGGUGCCUGUUCUGCUUCAGUGUAAGCAUGUCUCAUUCUGCUUAGUCAGGUUCUAAUGCUGGGCCUGGAAAUGCUUUAGCACCCAGAGACUUGGCUUGGUCAUCUUAUGUUGUUGAGUCUAAAUGUCCCAUUGAACUGCCUGUUAGAAGUCCCACAGCCUCAUGGUUCCAUUCUCCCUAAACCCAGUGUCAUGUCAAAAAGAGAUACAAUCUCCCACCACUAGCUGAGCAUCAAGCCUUAACAGCAGACUUCUUGACUCUUUGAAACACUCCAUCUCUCAUUAUCAUUCUUCUCCUUCAGCGGCAAAGAUGAAAAGAAGCCAUGAGGCCACCAUAAUUGCGAGUCUUCCUUGGUGUCAGUGUCUUCAGCCAUGUCUGAUGGCAGCAUUGAGUGUCUUGGGAUCGUCCAUCUUGGUUUUGGGUGCUCUGGUAUCAUUGAUGGCUUCUGGUUCGAGAUCCUCUGCGUUCGGGAUCUUGGCAUUGGACACUCUGGUUCUGGUGCUGGAUCUAGCUGAUGAAUGUUGGUUCCAGAUGCCUCAAUGCUGAGUACAUCUAUCCAGGCUGUUGCCUCUGUGCUGCUCCUGGCUACCCAGGUGCUGGGUUGCUAGAUCCAGGCGUGACUGCCCCCCAAAGCUUUCUGUGUCAUUCAGAGGAAACGUAGCCCAAUGGAGGGAAUACAGGACUAUGAGCUCUAGCUCUGACAUUCUAUGUAACCUUGAGAAAAUCACUUAACCUCUCCGUCUGUGCACUUGUUUGCCUUCCAUCCUUAAUUUUUCUUAUCUCCUUCAGACAGUCCCUUCCCCAAAGGGCUUACAAUCUAUUACUAUGUGUUUGGCCAGUGUCUGGCAUAGUGGGGGGUGCAGGCAUCUCAUUUGGGGAUCUCUACGUGCUACUGUAAUAGAAAUAGUGAAUAAUUACUUGACAUUGGUGGUGUUCGUGAAUUGAGCUAAUCUGUUGCUGAAUCUCUCUGGAUCUCUGUUCGCUGGCUCUGACAUCUCCUUCCUUGGUGCUGAAUAGUGAAGCAUUCCCUCCUUUUCCUUUGCAUGUUUCCUCUGUGCACUAUCCUGGUGGACUUGGCCUUCAGAGCCAGGAACUAUCAGAGUCAACCUUGCUGCCAUCAUUGAUGAGGUCAUAGAUCCACUCUUGGAUCUCCCGAUUUCAGGAUUCUUUUGCCCAUCCUGAUAAGGGAUGAGGCCUUCUUGGUUCUCUCUGAAUUCAUGGUCCUCCUGGCAUGAAUCUCACCUAUUCUAUAUACCAAAGGCACACUAGCCCUAUUGGACUAUGUAGGCUCAAUUGCUUGUAUUACUUACAUGAGACCUCAUCGUGCAAGACCUUUCACUGAAGAUUUAGUCUACGUGCAAGUAACUGAUGUCUCAAUCUUUGUCGUAUUUAAAGGAAUGGAAGGAAAAAGAUGCCACGGAUAUGCCUAUUCCAAGAUAGCCUCAUCUAAGCCACAUGCUUCUGUGACAUCAUUAGCAAUCACUCCCUAAUGACUUUAAAGUUUUCAAGAGCUGGCUAUUUUGUAUCAUACUGGGAUAAUACUAGAGGUCAGUCCAUUCCCACUCAUAGAUUGUCAAAGUAGAAUAAACUCAGCAUCCACACUUGCCAUGAAUUAAUAGAGAUACCAAUACCAGCAGACAUGAAGGCAUUUUGUACCAAGUCUAUGAUGACCAUUACUCCAAGACUCAGGAAUGUUCAUCCCCAGAGAGGCAUAUUAAACUGCUACCUAGAGUUCCAUCCAUGAAUGAUGUUUUUAUAUUCGUGCUGCAUUAUUACCAGGACUUAGCUUGUAGGUUGGAUGAUCCAAUUUGGAGCAUCCUGGAAUCCUUAGUUGAGCAAGAUUCUCCACCUUAUCUCUUUGGGUCUGGAGACUGCUUAUUAAUCACCUACAGUGGGUUUUCAUGCAGGCAAUGCUGAAAGAAAUAUGUAAAUAUUUUUCUAUAGCAGUUGUUCUUUGAGGAUGACUGCUUGGAUGGAUCCAUACUAUCUGCCAUUAUGUAUCAUUGGGCUAGGAGGGAAUCCAAGCUCAAAAAGAACCGCUAUUGAAAAUACCAAGUUCAUGCCCAUUGUACACUCAUCAGUCACCUACAGUAUGGAUCCAUGCAGGCAAUCCCCUUGAGAGAUCAUGUUUGCUAUAGUAAUUAACCAUUUUUUAUGGUAAGAAGCCAAAUAAGUUUGUAUUUUUAAUUGUUUAUUUCAAAAAUAGUGAAAUAGACAAAGUGUCAACUUCUUAUCACCAAAAUCAGUAGGUCUGGCUCUGCAUGCACACAGGGAGCAGAUCUGUUGAGUAUAAGAAAGGUGCCAUUUUCACACAGUCACUUUUCAGAAUAGACACGUUUUAGGCUGUUAUUGCACCGCUGGAAUCAAUAGGAUUUUUGCUAUUGAUUCCGGUGGGAGCCCUUUGAAAGCCUAGUAAUAAUAGUAUUAUCUGAAUGGGAACACCCACAAAUCUGCUUCAGAUCUGUUAUGAAAUCUUUGUUACUCUAAUUCCAAGAAUGCUCUAAAAACGAACUAGUGGGCAUGGGUAAUAGAUUAUUUCCAAACUGAUGUGGUGGUGUCCUUGUGUUUCUCUUUCCCCUCUCAGAUGUCAUUAGUGCCACAUUGAGGACAGUGCAUUUUAAAAUAAAAUAGCUAGCUUAACUUCUUAACUUGGGCAAAAAAAAAAAAAACUGAAACCUCAAACAAAUGCAGGACUCUUCAAUGUUUCUUAUAACUGGAAAAAUACAUUAGCAGAUGUAUGUCAGCCUUAAGAAAAAAACGUGUGUGGGAGGGAAGGAGGAGAAAUAACAAGCGCAGUCUAUCAAUAUAUUGUAUUUCAUCUCAGUGGGACUUGCUAUGGCUAAAAUGUGAAUGCCUAGAGAUCAGUAGCACCUUUCAUCCUGCAAAUUUCCAAAGUCUUUACAAACUUGAACUGAUAUUUAGAGGGAUCACUUGCCCCACCUCUAGAUAUAACAUAGCAGCUAUUUAACAGAGUGCAACAACUUUAUUCCGUAAUUUAAGACCUCAAAUAAUAGAUAUCAUAGCCAAGCAGAAUGCAGUCAUUCAAACUGGAAUUUGAUCAGAACCUUCAGCUGUAUUCCUCACCUAAACGAUAGUUAGUAUCAGAAAAGCUAGUGGAGGCUUAGACAUUUCAGAGAGGAAUAUAAAUUCUAACUUCCUGCCUCUUCACCCUCUUGCUUUCCUAGGAAUCAGAUCUUUUCACUUUGACAGAGAUGUUCUCGCUGAAUUCAUGUAGAAAAGAUUCCAGAGACUUGUUGAAAGAAUUUCCACAGCCGAAAAACUUGCUCAACAGUGUGAUUGGAAGAGCCCUGGGGAUCUCUCAUGCAAGAGACAAACUGGUGUAUAUCCACACUAACGGGCCAAGAAAAAAGAAAGUCACUCUGCACAUAAAAUGGCCGAAGAAUGUGGAAGUGGAAGGCUAUGGGACCAAAAAGAUCGACGCUGAGAGGCAGGCUGCAGCUGCUGCAUGCCAGCUCUUCAAGGGCUGGGGGUUGUUAGGGCCCAGGAAUGAGCUGUUUGAUGCUGCAAAGUACCGAAUCCUCGCUGACCAGCUUGGCUGCCCGGAGGACAAGUGGUGCCCCGAAAGCAGAUGGCGUUCUAAGUCUGGACCAUCUCUGGCUGACUUGUCGACUUGUUGGAGACGGGUGGAACCAGAUGACUCCAUCCAGUCCAUGGAGCAAGGCAGGAUGUCUAAAGCGUUGAGAAGAGAGGAGCUGGAGGAAGGGGAGCUAGAGGAGGGGGAAUUGGAGGAAGGGGAGCUGGAAGAAGACACGAUUGAUGUUACUGAUUACCUGUCUAUGGCACAGAACGAAGCUCGGACCCCAGCUAGAGACAUGAGAGGAGGGGCCUCUGUUGAAAUGACAGAUGACAACAAUGCCAUCAGGGCUCUGACCCAGUUCCCUCUACCCAAAAACCUUCUGGCCCAGGUGAUUCAGAUUGCAACCUCUUCCUCCACAGUCAAGGAAUUCAUGCAGUUCCGUACCGUGGGCACCAAGACUAAGAUCUGCAAGCUCACUCUGCGCUGGCCCUGCCCGAUGACCUUCGCUGCCAAGGGCCGCCGCAAGGUUGAGGCCGAGAACAAAGCAGCAGCACUGGCCUGCCAGAAGUUGAAAAGCCUUGGCUUAGUAGACAAGAACAACAACCCACUGAGCCAUGCCAUGUACAACAUGACGUCCCUCAGGGAGCUGGGCGAGAAUCAGAGGAGACCCUGCCACAUCAAAGUCCCUGAGGCCACCCUGCGUAAGAUCGAGAACUACCUGAACCACUACCCAGUGGCCUCAAGGGAAUCCAGGCCUCGGAUUGCUGACGACAUGAUGAACCUGAGUAAGGAGUCUGGUGCGAUCAGUGAUGCCAUCACAGGGAAGACCUACACGCCCAUGUCGGAGGGGGAGGAGGUGCGCCUGAGCCAGAACCUCCUGGCCCUUUGGAAGAGGAGGGGUUCAUUGUGGCUGGAAAGCCACCAGCUGCCUGUCGAUCCUCACAAGGACACCAUCUUGUCGGCCAUUGAGCAGAAUCCUGUGGUGGUCAUAGCAGGAGACACCGGCUGUGGGAAAACCACCCGGAUCCCUCAGCUGCUGCUGGAGCGUUACAUCCUGGAGGGGCGCGGUGCCCGCUGCAACGUGGUGAUCACCCAGCCGAGGAGGAUCAGCGCCAUCUCGGUCGCCCAGCGGGUUGCGCAGGAGCUGGGUCCCAACAUGAGGAAGAACGUGGGUUACCAGGUGCGGCUGGAGAGCAAACCGCCAGCCCGGGGAGGAGCCCUGCUCUUCUGCACGGUGGGCAUCCUCCUGCGAAAGCUGCAGGGGAACCCCAGCCUGGAGGGGGUCAGCCACGUGAUUGUGGACGAGGUCCACGAGCGGGACGUCAACACCGACUUCCUGCUUAUCCUGCUGAAGGGCAUCCAGAAGCUCAACCCCGACCUGCGCCUGGUCCUGAUGAGCGCCACAGGGGACAACCAGCGCUUCUCGCAGUACUUUGGGGACUGCCCCGUGGUCAAGGUGCCAGGUUUCAUGUACCCAGUGAAGGAAUAUUACCUGGAAGAGAUCCUGGCCAAGCUGGGCCGGCACAGACACCGGCACUACGAGGUGAAGCAAUCAGAUGAUGAAUGUGUCCUCGACCUUGAGCUGAUCACUGACCUUGUGCUCCAGAUCGAUGCCCAUGGAGAGCCAGGUGGGGUCCUCUGCUUCCUUCCUGGCUGGCAGGAGAUCAAAGGAGUGCAGCAGCGCCUGCUGGAAACACUCGGUUCUCAGAACACCCGGUACCUUGUCUUACCAGUGCACUCCAACAUCCCCAUGAUGGACCAGCAGAACAUCUUCCAGCGGCCCCCGCCUGGAGUGAGAAAGAUCGUCCUGGCUACCAACAUUGCUGAGACCUCCAUCACCAUCAAUGACAUAGUGCAUGUGGUGGACAGCGGCACUCACAAGGAGGAGCGCUAUGACCUCAAAACUAAGGUCUCCUGCCUGGAAACUGUGUGGGUGUCCAAGUCCAAUGUCGUGCAGAGGCGAGGGCGUGCUGGCCGCUGCCAGUCGGGCUUUGCCUAUCACCUCUUCCCUCGCAGCCGCCUGGACAAAAUGCCCACUUUCCAGGUUCCUGAAAUCCUGCGCACUCCCCUGGAGAAUCUGGUGGUGCAGGCCAAGAUCCACAUGCCAGAGAAGACGGCAGUCGAAUUCCUCUCCAAGGCUUUGGAUAGCCCUGACAUCAAAGCUGUGGAUGAAGCUGUGAUCCUCCUGCAGGAAAUUGGAGUGCUGGAUCAGCGGGAAGCCCUCACCACGCUGGGCAAACGCCUGGCCCAAAUCUCCACAGACCCUCGGCUGGCCAAAGCCAUUGUCUUGGCAUCCAUCUAUCGCUGCCUUCAUCCGCUGCUCGUCAUCGUCUCCUGCCUCACUCGAGACCCCUUCAGCAGCAGCCUGCAGAACCGAGCGGAGGUGGACAAGGCGAAGGCCAUUCUGAGCGGAGAGAGCGGGAGCGAUCACCUGGCCUUUGUCAGGGCUGUGGCCGGCUGGGAGGAGGUGCUGAGGCGCAGAGACAGCCGUGCCAGAGAUAACUACCUGCAGGACUACUUCCUCUACGCCCCCAGCCUGCGCUUCAUCAAUGGCCUUGUCAAGCAGUUCUCCGAGAACAUCUACGAUACCUUCUUGGUGUCGGCGCCCUCAGACUGCACCAUGCCCUCUGCGGCCUGCAAUCAGUACAGCGAGGAGGAGGAGCUGGUGAAAGGCGUCCUCAUGGCCGGCCUCUACCCCAACCUCAUCCAGGUGAGACAAGGCAAAGUCACCCGGCAGGGAAAGUUCAAGCCCAACAGUUACUCCUAUCGGACAAAGGCUGGCACCGUCCUGCUGCACAAGUCGACCAUCAACAGGGAGGCCUCUAAGCUGUACAGCCGCUGGCUGACGUACUUCAUGGCGGUGAAGUCCAACGGCGGGGUGUUUGUGCGGGACUCCUCCCAGGUCCAUCCGCUGGCCGUGCUGCUAAUGACUGACACGGAUAUCCACGUCCGAGACGAUGGCUGGCGGGCGACGGUCUCUCUGACCGACAGUGACCUUCUGGUACUGGAAGGAGACUCGUACACAAUCCGCCUCUUGCGUGAUUUCCGAGUGUCGCUCUCCAAGAUGGUGGAGACCUGCCUGUGUUACGAAAUGUCUGCUAUCCCGGGGGACCUGCACCAUCAGCACAGCCAGCUGCUUGACAUCUUGGUGGAUCUGCUCAAGGGACCUCCUGGCAGCUUUGGCGCCUAGACAGAGGUGGAGGAUUGAGCGUGGGGACUUGUAAUUUGUAUAAAGAUGUUCACAAAUGUUUAUUUAAAUAAAGUUCUAUUUAUCCCUUGUGAA